AUAGUCAUAGAUUCUUUCUCUUUCUCUCUCUUUCCUCCCUCCCUCCCUCCCUCUUCAUCAAAUUCGAUAAGAACCCUUCUUUGUUGAAAUCUCAAUUCAGAAUCUUUACUCCUUUUCUUCUCUCUUCCGGGCUUUUCAUCAUCUAGGUUAGAUGAGUUCCCUCUUCUUCGUUCAUAUAGAUUUAGCUCUUGAUUAUGGAUUUUUGUUUAGAUCACAACAAUUAGUCUAGGGUUUUUGUUGAUUUUACCUGGAAAUUUGAUUCUUCUUUCUUUUGAUGGUAUGAAGUUUGUUUGAUCCGAGGUUUUUGAUUGCCUGUUCUCUGUGAUUUGAAUACUUCUUCUGUUUUAGUUGAAUAGUUUAUCUCUGCCCAUAUCAUACCGUGCUAUAUUUUUCAUGUUUUAUUUAUUUAUUUAUCUUUUGAUGUGUUUAGAUAUUAUCUUCGUCGUGAUAUGUUAUAAGCUGAUGAUCAAACUUAAAAGAGGAUGAAAAUUUGGUGUUCAAUAUCAGUUCUAAGUUCUAACUUCUAAUCGGACCAUAAUGUUUAUCUCGAAGAUUCUGUUUGAGCAAGAUUCUAGUUACUAUCAAGUUAAUCGUUGAAGAUGUGUAUAUGGGUUCGGCUUGUGUCUUUCUUUUGCUAGUAGCUUCUAGUAUCUUAUUAAUAUGUUUGCAUUAUAUUGGUUAUGGUUCAAAGAGCUAAAUAGUCUGGAUGUUUGUUUUUGAGAUUCAUAAUGUGCAAAAUUCCGUUAGGAAAGUGUAUGAUGAAGGUGUCUUGGUUGACAAAUAUGAUUCUCAUGAUGACUUUUCUUGCCAUUCGCAACGAGGGACAUGUAAAUUGUAGGAUGUGGAGUUGUUUCGCUGGAUAUUGUUGCUCCACUUUAUGUAAUGCUAUGACUUGUUAGUUUGCUCUUAUUUUUGUUUGGGAAGUGAUAAUCUGUCCAAACUUUGGUGAGUAUGUUAGGCAACUGUUUUAUUGUUAAACAAAAAGUCUAUUUUAUAGCCGAGAAUCAUAAAUACAGAGUGUUUUUAAUGUUACCCCAUACGAAGUUUUGAACUCUUACUAACAUUUUAAUGUUAUUUUUAAGGAUCUAAUAUCUGGUAUAUUUUCUUUGUAGGACAAUGAUUAAGCUAUUCAAAGUAAAGGAAAAGCAGAAGGAACUUGCUGAAAAUGCCAAUGGGAAACCUCCUGGCAAGAAGCAAAGUGCUGGAGAACUUCGCCUCCACAAAGGUUAUUCCCUCCUCUCCGUUGUUAAUGUUUAAUCAUCUCUGAGCUGCAAGAAUGGCACCUUAUGUUGUUGGCUUGAUACUCUCCGGUCAUAGGAACUUUUUGUCUUUUGGUUGGUUUCUUGAUGAUAUGUGCCAUAGGCUUUCAGCUUUCUUAAUAAGCAAAAAGGUUUGGACUUAAAAUCGUUUAUACAUCCCAUGUUGUUGAUUGCUGAUGUUGGUAUUGUAUGAAGGUUGGGGGUUUAAUGAAAUGUGAAACUGAUGCUGUAAGGUUUUUUUCAAAGAUGCCACCAUUUGUCCUCUGUCAGAAAUUCCCAUAAACUCUAUGCCGCUUAAGAUUUAGUUUAGGACAAUGGAGGAGUUAACACUUUUUUGAACUGUGAUUCACUUGUGCAAAUCGUUUGAUGAUUUCUUCUUUACCCAACUCAUGAAUGAUGAAUUGAAACAUAGUGUACCUUGCAUUGGAUAACCUCGUGGUUGUGCUAACUUCAAUUAUUUACUUUACUUGGUGUUAACACAUCAAGUGCUCUUGAAUACUUAUCACUCUACUGAAACUAAAGGCAUUAAGUACUACUGAAGGUAGCAAAUUUGGCAUGUUCCUUCUCACCUGUCUCGUGCAUGAGAGUGCUCUGCUUACACGUCCUCUUAUCUGCAGAUAUUAGUGAAUUGAAUCUGCCGAAAACAUGCACCAUAUCAUUCCCCAAUGGCAAGGAUGACCUCAUGAAUUUUGAAGUUACGAUUAGGCCAGAUGAAGGAUACUAUAUGUAAGGAUUACUUUUUCGAAACCUGCAAAUUUCUGAAGGAAAUUUAUUGGCCUUUCAAUUGAAGUCUGAUGUUUCUUUUCCUGUUUAUGGAUUCCAGGAAUGGCACCUUUGUCUUCUCUUUCCAAAUUUCUCCUAUCUAUCCUCAUGAAGCCCCAAAGGUCAAAUGCAAGACAAAGGUGACAAAACUGCUUCAUUUUCUUAAACCAUCUUCUUCUUUCUGUCACUUCUGCUGUUCAAAUCAUUUGAGUGUACCAGUUUACAAAUUGAAUAGUUCAUUUCAGGUAUAUCAUCCUAAUAUUGAUUUGGAAGGAAAUGUUUGCUUGAACAUCCUUCGAGAAGACUGGAAACCUGUGCUGAACAUAAACACAAUCAUCUAUGGCCUGUUUCAUCUUUUUACGGAGCCUAAUCACGAAGAUCCUCUGAAUCCUGAUGCCGCUGCUGUGUUAAGAGACAACCCAAAGCUGUUUGAGUCAAACGUAAGGAGGGCAAUGGCAGGUGGUUAUGUUGGGCAGACAUACUUCAAUCGCUGCUUGUAGUGUGAUGCAGCAUUUUAGUUCAAUGUCGUUGCUGGUGAUGUUACAUCCUAAGUCUCUGUACAUUUUGUGCGCAAAAUUAAACUAUCUGUGGUAAUUAUGCAAGCAUAUUUGAUGCGGGUUACGAAGUCCUUAUGUUCUAAAGUCAUCGUAACUCGCAGAAGCUGCUUUUAUGCGAUUGUAACUUAAAUUAUCUGUCAAAUUGAUUUUGUAACAGAAAAGUAGCCCCCAUUUGAUUCUGAUGAAACUAUCUUUGCCGUUUUCUCUUUGUUUUGGCUUGUGCAUUAGUUCCAGAAGCUUGAAUACUCAUCAGUUCCAGUAAACUCAUAUCAUGAAUGUGUCUAAGCCUCAUAAAUUUACUCAUUGAGG